UAUUACAGCCAGAAUUUAUAUGCGACACCGCCCGGCGCCCACACCGCCCGCCCCGCCCCCGACGAGGAGGAGGAGGAGGCGGCGCCCGUCGCCACCGCGCACCCAGGCCACAGCUGGCGGACGGAGGAGCGAGGAUACUGGGCCGCGCCGGGCUGGAACGGCAGCUACUACAAGCUGCACGAGGAGCGCACCACGUGGGAGCACGCGCAGUGGAAGUGCGAGCAGGAGGGCGCGCACCUGCUGGUGCUGGACGCGGCGGCGGAGGCGGACGCGCUCGUCGACCACUUCCAGCGCCUGGGCCGCCUCUUCGAGCGGCUCGUCUUCGUGGGCGUGCGCUCGGGCCCCGCGCUCACCGAGAACCCGUUGAAUCAACAGGCUACAACCGUUGGACAAGCAAGGCAGUGAAAGACGUUUGUGUGGCUGUGGAUGUGAAGUUUCUUUUCCACAUCACACCAUGUGGGCGAGAUCGUGCAGACACAAGGAACUUGUUGCCUUUCAUCUGCGAGCAAAGUGACUCAUGACAAACUGAAAUCUGAGUUCUAAACCAUUAACAUGGAAAAAAUAUUUUCCGAUUUUAUAAAUUUUCGAAGUUGCUAGGUUGUAAAUCACAAACUGGUUUUCACAUCAAACUGUCAUUUUAAAACUGAUUAUAUACUUUGAUAUACGAUGAGAUAAGAGACUGGAUCUUGCAUUACCUUUUUAAUGGUUCCCAACUGAGAAUCGCAAAACAUUACAUAAAUCAUAUAAAUAUAAUCAUUAACACAUCUCUGGUUCAACAUCGUUUUAUCAUGGAUUUUCAUUAAUAUCACACAAACAAAAAAUUGUCAGCCCCAAAGAAUUGACACAUGUGUCUCUAUGUAUGGCGACCCGCUGAAUCCGAAUGUGAAACAGAAUUGCGCCAUCACCCUCCAGUUAUUUAUCGCGAAAAAACACCGUGAUAUUGCAAUUAUUUUUGUUUUUUUUGUUUUUUUUGUUUUCGGGGAUUGUUGUCAAACCAAAAGAUAUUACACAUGUUUCUAUAUGUAUGUCGACGAGCUCAAUCCGAAUCUGAAGUCAGAAUUGUGCCACCACUUUCCGUUUGUUUUAAAUUGAGAAUAAACAUAGUGAAUUUGUUUUUCUAGUUGUUUUGCUUUUGGAGGUUGUUGUCAGAUCCAAAGACUUGACACAUAUUUCUCAAUGUAGUCGUCGUCGCACUGAACUCGAAUGUCAAUGCUGAAUUGCGGCAUACACUCUUCAGUUUUUUGUAAAUCGCGAAAAUACACCAGGAAAUUGUUAAUUGAAAAUUUCAUGGUGGUUUUUCGCAAUUUUUAAAAAAUGGAAGGGAAUCGUACUAUUCUGGCUUCGGAUUCGGAUUCAGCACGUCGAUAUACAUAGAGAGACAUGUGUCGAGUCUUGGGUCUGACAACUUUUGGAUUCUGUAGAGAAAGACACCAAAAUCUAGUAUUCGUAUGGUUUUCGCAAUUUAAAAGAAAACUAGAGGGCGAUUGCGCAAUUCUAGCUUUUGAUUAUGCAUGUUACAUGCGUAGAGAAACAUGUGUCAAGUCUUUAAGUUUGACAAAAAACUGGAAACAAAAAAUACAAUUGAAUGCUGUUUUUUGCGAUUCAAAAAACUGGAGUGCGGUGGCGCCAUUCUGGCUACAGAUUACGAUUCAGCGCUCGACAUACUUGUGUCAAAUCUUUGGGUCUGAAAAUUUUAUUUAUUUUGUGAGUCUGUGUAUUUUGUAAUAUAAUAUUUUCAGUAAUAUUUGGAUGUGUAUCGCCUGGAAGAGGUUUAGCAAGUCAGCAAAAGUAUACAAUUUUGCAAAAAGCCAUACUUUUUUUUAAACCACUAAAAUUUCAAUUGAUUUAAUAAAUGUUCUUGAAAUAUAUUGUACGUAGAUAUGUAGUAGUCUCGUAUGUAGGUAAUACUGACAGUAAAAUAACUUUUUUAAUAUUGAAAAUUGACCAGAAAAUAAGAAAGCAAUAAUUUUUCUGUACACCACAAAAUGAUAUUUAUUUCCUUAAGGGGCGGAUCCAGAAGAUCAUGUUUUGGGGGGAGAGGAUCAUUAAUUUUUGUUCAAUAAUAAACACGUAUGAUUUUAUAUUGUAUAUUAUUUUUGCAGUGUAUGUAUCAUACUACACAAUAUUAUUUUUAAAUAAUUACAUAA